GCCUGUGUGGGAUCGUGAAAAAGGUGAAUACUUCGCCCCGAAUCCACUUGUGCCAAAUGUUGAAGUUUCUUCGUAACCUCCUGUGUGCAUCCUGCUCCUCUGACUCGGGAUUGUAGAAGACGUGAAACUGAAGACAGACAGAAUCUCUAAGAUAUUAAGAUGAGCACAGAAGCUGUCGAGCAGAGGGAUCCUCAGCAUGAACACGCAGAUAUCGAACAAAAUGGCAUUGACUUCACAAGACAGAUAAAGACAGAGGACCUGAACGAUUCCCCUCACUCUGCCUCAUCGCAUAAGACAUGUCACCUCACGCAGGGUUCACCAGCUCCUACAGGGCAGCUGCCCGGGGAAAUGCCAUCGCUGCACCCACUUCCCCAGCUGGUCCUCAUGUCCGGCUCACACCUUUCCUCAUCUUCGCCUUUCCUCCUCUCCCAGCCUCAAACCGGACACCAAGCACUACUGCAGCCGAAUCUCCUGUCUCUGCCCUCUCAGUCCCAGCCUAGUCUCCUGCAGCACCAGCCUGGACUGGCCCUCACGCCUCAGGCGAUGGGUCGAACAGGCUUGGCCGGGUCGUCCAUGGAUGCACACUUGGACAUGCCUCACUUACAGGUGCCUAAGCAUGUGGGAGCUUCGCAGCAGGACGAGCCGAGUGACCUGGAGGAGCUGGAGCAGUUUGCGAAAUCCUUCAAACAAAGACGCAUCAAGCUGGGCUUCACACAGGGCGAUGUGGGUUUAGCUAUGGGCAAGCUCUAUGGAAAUGAUUUCAGUCAAACCACAAUUUCCCGCUUUGAGGCUCUCAAUCUCAGCUUUAAGAACAUGUGCAAGCUCAAACCAUUGCUGGAGAAGUGGCUCAGUGAUGCAGAAAACUCACCCUCGGAUUCGAUGGCCAAUCCUGCAACCUUACCACCCCUGAUGGAAGGAUAUGGGAGGAAGAGAAAAAAGAGAACAAGUAUCGAGACCAACAUCAAGCUCACACUUGAGAAACGCUUUCUCGAUAAUCCCAAACCGAACUCGGAGGAGAUCACCCUGAUCUCGGAGCAGCUGUCGAUGGAAAAGGAAGUGGUGCGAGUCUGGUUCUGUAACCGACGACAGAAGGAGAAAAGAAUCUUUUGCCCAGUCUCCACCUCGCCUAUGAAAUCACACAACUACAAUGCCAGACUGCCUGCAUCUAGCCGACCUUUCAGUCCUCUUGCUUCAGGAGGUGUGUCAAGCAGCUCGUCUCCUAACAGCCCGAGUCGUGGCUCUUCUCCCAACACUCUGUCGACAUCCUCCAGUCCUCUGACAUCACAGGGGGUCAAUCAAUCCUACAAUCCCACAGGAUCCUGGUAUCGAUGGAACGGUACUACGUAUCACCACUGAGACUUGUCUAGAAACUCCGCCCCCUCCAUCGCGCCACCAUUACACAAACACACAACGUGAAAAUAAAAAUGUUUACAGUUUGUUUGGACACGAAAGGAAACAACGCUUCGAUUUACUCUAUACGGUUACGAACUCCUGGAGUACUGAAGUUUUGAAGUUUUACAGGUAUACAUAAAAAGAAACCUCUGUAACGUCAGUUCAUUUCAAAUAUAACGAUACAUUUCAGUCAUCUGAUCAAACUGCAGGCUUUUCAGACAUUUCAAAUUGACGUGUAGUGACAGCCAGAAAUCUGAAAAAAGCUUAUAUUGAUAUUCCUUUUUGAAGACAAUGUUUACAUAUCUAUUCUCGUCUUUAACUCAUAUUUUAGCCUUAUAAGUUUAGAUCACACUUGCGAAAAUAUCCAUUUAGAAAUAUGCAAAUACGUUGAGCAUCAGACCUUCUUUUUUUGCCAAUAUUUCAGCGUGUGGUUAUCAUUGACUUCACUAUGUAGCAUUUUUAUCACUGCAGUCUGACUAUUUUUUCACUCUGGACUCCAAGAAUUAAGUCUUAAUUCAUUUCCUAUUUUAUAAAUGUCUGUUGUAAUUUUUUAAGUUAAAUGUGUAUGAACAUGCUUUUGACAAUAAAAGUAAAUGUGUAGUCGAAAAGGGGGUUUGAUUUCUUUGAUUUUCUUUCUGCCUUUUCCUUAUGAAGUGGUCCAAAACAUAUUGAAGUGCUGUAAUAUUCAUAUUUUUUGCUUUUUUGACGUGAAUACCUAUCACUGUUGUUUAUUUUGCUCGUUUGCGAAGCGUAAUUUUGUUGUGUUUGUUUUGUAACGGAAAUGCUGUGUAAAUUUGAAUGCUGGAUACGACCUCUAUGUGUAACUGUUUAACACUUAUUAAACAGAUUCAACACUUUACA